AUGGAAUUUAUUCCAAUACCACUAACUGAUGAUAACUGCCGUAUCACAAUAGUUGUGAAGCAGCUUGGUCUGCGUUGCACUGCCAGUUUCAAUCGACUACUUGAGCGAUUGCAACGUGUUUGUACUUUACAAGUUGGUGAUUCUCCGAAGCGCAUUGCACUUGCCAAUAUAACUUCUUUUGUGAAUACUAGUCUUCUUGAUUUCAGUGAGCUACAGGCUCAUCGACGCGUUUUCGGCUUUAUUGGAGUGGUUCAGGUUCAGGUCGCUGAAGACCAAGCUUCUACAUCAGAGCUAGCUUCUCCAAAUGAAACAGUUAAAGAUCUGGUGGACGACAAUGCUCAUUUACAGCCUUGCAGUUCUAAAGAGUUCUCCCCAGCUUCUGCAAUGUUACCUCAAAUUCGAGAGCAGUAUGAGGCUAUCAAACAUGAAUAUUCUGCGACUUUAGUGGACAGUAGGUGUAUCGUUUUUGGGAUUGACAAACGAGAACUUGAUGAUAUGUGGCAUGUGCGAGAAACAUUGUGUUUCCGAAGUUUGGAUGAAUUAGAAAAACUCGAGAAUGCUGUUAGGGAGUUUUUUCGUUCAAUUAUUUUUGUUCUUGAAAGCAAAAGGCUCGAUCUUUCAUUCGAAAAAUUAGAAGCACCUCCUUGUCCUACAGUGCCGGACGAGCCUAAAACUCAUGAAGACACUGCAACCAAAGGUUACAGAAAAAAGUGUUUGGGCCGUUUGCGGAAACAGGUAGCAGAUUACGCCUUAUUAACUGGAUUGCCUAUGUCCGCACUCGAUAUUUACCACAGUUCAAUUGACACUCUGAAACAGGCUAACGACUAUCUGUGGCUUGCUGCUGCUUAUGAGGGCUGGGCGUGUGCCGCGGUGGCAGUAAAGUACGAUUCUUUUGGUGAAUAUCUUCUUCCAUCUGGGAUACAGCGGGUGUCAACAAUGAGUCCAGAACAAAUGCGUCUUGCACAGUUAAAAAAUCAACGCACUUUAGGUAGAUGGCUGGGUUUAGACAAUCAUCGAGCAGUUUUUCAAAUGUUUUUUUUGCUAUUUUCAGCGAAAAUUUCUUUUAGGGUUACUAUUCGCCAUCAGCGAUACAAGUCUGACUUUGACCGGUCGUCUUUAGCUAGCCCGGUUCAGGCUGCGCAGUUAUUGUCUGAGGACCAACAGAAGCGCUCGUUCAAACUGCCAUGGAGUUUUGAAAAAAAUAAAAGUGGAACCUCUCUAGAGUUCAGCGACAUACUUGAAAAGUUCAAGUGCGCGAUAGAGAAUUAUAGACGUUUUUCUUUUGUUGCUUAUAUCGAAUACGAGUGCGUCAUUAGGGCUGUCUCAUUGCUUUGCUUGCAAAGGAGAUAUAUUGAAAUGGAGAUUGGUUUUAAAAGGAAAGAUGCAUUUUUUUCUCGAUUGGCUGGUCUGUUUCGUUUGCAUGUAGAAGGAGGAACUCGUACUUUUGCCGAUUAUCGGGUUGUAUAUCCUUUGUUUUUUCGCACCUUACCUGCAUACGGUGUUUUUGAAAAUACCAAAGAAUAUCCAGUAAACUCAGUGAAUUCUGGACCUAUUCAGUUACAGAAGAAAGUGUUACACGAAGUGUACAUGAGCGCUUCUCGUGCUGAACAUUAUGACGCCGCAAUUCGCCAUUUAUGUUAUCUAUUGCAGAAUUAUUACGAGUAUAUGGACCAUGACUCCGCUUUGCGUCUUCUAGAGGAGCUUAAACGCUUAGUGGCUAACAGAGAAACCAUUCAUCAGUUAAACCAACACCUAUCAAUUCCUCACUCGGAUAUAAUUGUCUCACCGGUGCAAAUGAACCGUUUUCCGCGUUUCGAGAGGUUCACAGUUUGUCCAUUACCGGCUCAUCUAUCCCCCGUCGUAAUAGAGCCUAAACCGAAGGAUGCGGUCUUUAUUUAUUCACCUUUCCAACAGAAGGGCAAUACCCAGAAAGCUAUAAACUGGGUUGUAGACUGCGUAUGUGAAGUUUCGGUUUCCGUUUCAAACUGUUUGCCAUUUGAAUUGUCUGUGCAUCGUCUUUCUUUGCUUGCUGAGGGUUGCGCCUUUGAAGCUCUGCCUGUAGAACUAACCCUUCCUCCAUCUGAUAAUUCAGAGCCAGUAGGCAUAAAAUUACUUGGAGUUCCAAAGGAACCGGGAAUGUUAACUAUUACGGGCUAUAGUUGUGAGGUAUUUGGUGUUCGUAACAUUUGUCGACUGCGUGACCUUCCGAGUUUCGCAGAGAAAAGUGACGGUUUUCUUUCAACAUUCUUUAGUGUUGAGGUUCUUCCUGCCUUACCUGUUUUGGAACUUCAUACUUCACUACCUCGGGCACCAAUAUCUGAUUCAAAUCUUGAGCCAGCUGCAGAAACCACUGUCUACUCAGGACAAAUUUUUGAACACGAAAUUGAAAUAUUCAACAGUAGUGCAGUGAUCGCUGUUCACAAUGUUUGCUUGGAAAUUUUACAGCCGAAAGUAAGUGGCGGGCCUUAUAUGAUUGAGAUGGUUGAAGACGUAGAUUCCUUAUCGAAUGAAAUGAGGAACAGGUCACGUGAAGUAGCUGAAUGUCUGAAACCAAAAGAAAAAAAGUCCUUGAAAUUUAGAAUUUUUGGUAUUGACCCGGCUGCUGCCACUGAAGAUUCGUCUAUGAGCGGAUUGCUGAAAUCUGACGCAAAAGUUGGAAGUUCCGAAGAAGUUUCCAAUGGAGGUCAUGAUCGUAUUCCCUUCACUGGGCGACUUCUGAUGUCUGCAUUUGUAUUUCGGUAUAGAGCAGAUGUUGAUCGUCCGUCAGGAUUGGAAUAUGAGCGCUGUUGUCGUUUACCUUUAGCUGUAACAGUUAUGCCGGCAAUUACUGUUGCCGCGUGGCACGUGCUUCCUGGUGAAGGUCCGUCUUCAAGAUAUGUGGUUGUUGAUGUGACAAAUUCAACUGAGUGGGAUGCGGAGCUGAAAUACGGAGGCGGAAAAAUGAUAGGAGUACAACCAAAAGAACUUUGCAGGGUACCCCUACUAUGUGAGUGCAGUUCUGAGCUGUCACCUAACGCUUUUCGAGUAGCGGAGAGUAAAGCGUCUUUUCUGAUGCAAAUGCAGGAAAUGGAACGUUUAAGGCUUAUUCUUGAGAAGCAUGUGUCAUCAUUACUUGACAUUCGAUGGACAAUAGCAGCUAUUUCACGUGAAGGCACUGUCCCUGUUGGUCCAAUUCUUUCUUCAAUAUCUGUCUUGAAACAACUUGUCGUUCCUGCCAUUUCCGUCGAGACAAAAGUUAAUGGUAUACUUUGUCUGAAUGAAGAGGAUAUUGUAGUUGGUAUUGGAGAAGUAAUUGAUUUAGAAAUUAAAUUAGUAUGUUCGGCUAAUGAGGAGAGGCUUUUCAAAGGGAUUCUUUGUUUGGAUUGUUAUCGUGAUUUAAUGAAUGGGUCAAAUAUCAUUGAUAGUAAUAGCAGCAUGCGAAUACUGAAUACUGAAUCUUUGCCGUUUAUCCUUUCAAAUACUUCAGAAGAUUCAAAGGGUAUUAAAAAAGAACUCUGUGAUCCUUCCUUAUCUGGUGAUGUAACAACACAAAGUACUCACGACCGUUGCUCUAGAGCUUUUGGUGGAGUUUCAACUGCCAAUUUUCUUCUGUUUUUUUUAUGUGAAGGAAUUUUCAAGGUUAAACCUGUUUUGCGAUUUGAUGAUCAAAAUAGCGACUUUAGUGAUGAUGAAUUAUUCUGUUCAGCUGUAACUAUUAAUGUAAUUACAAAGAUGUCAUAG